AUGGAUGAAGCUGCUGCAUGUUCAGAGGAUAAUCUGAAUACAGGAGAAGCCAGAGACCUAAACCCAUGUCCUGAUGUCAAAGGGACCUUCCGAGAGAGCUCCAACAAUCAACGCCGAGUGAUGUGUACAGGAGAGUAUAAGUGCUCAGAGUGUGGGAAGACCUUCAGUCGAAGUACCAACCUUCUGGUACAUGAAAGAAUCCACUCAGGGGAGAAACCGUAUGAGUGUUGCAGCUGUGGGAAAACAUUCACACACAGCUCAAACUUUAAAGCACAUGAGAAAAUCCACACAGGCGAAAAGCCGUAUGUGUGUGCAGUCUGUGGGCAGACCUUCUACCACAGCUCAAGCCUUUCAGCACAUGAGAGAAUUCACACAGGGGAGAAUGUACACAGAUGUCCACACUGUGAGAAAGUCUUCACACGUAACUCGGUUUUUAGGAAGCAUGUAAGGAUCCACACAGGAGAGAAACCCUUCCAGUGCCCUAACUGUGGGAAAUGUUUCUCUCAGAUAUGCAAUCUUAGUAUCCACAAGAAAACCCACACAGGGGAGAGACCCUUUCAGUGUUCUGACUGUGGGAGACGCUUCCAUCGGAAAUGUGAUCUCAUUGCACAUGAGAGAAUCCACACAGAGGAGGACCCAUAUAAGUGCUCACACUGUGGGAAAAGCUUCUCUCAGAAGUCUAACCUGGUGAUCCAUGAGAGAGUCCACACAGAGGAGAACCCCUAUCCAUGUUCGCAUUGUGGGAAACGCUUCCGUCAGAAGGGGAACCUCAUGACGCAUGUGCGAAUCCACACGGGAGAGAAGCCAUACCAGUGUACCGUUUGUGGGAGGAGAUUCAGUCAGAAGGGCAGCCUGACGUCACACGAAAGAACCCACAUGGGAGAGAAAAGGACCGUCUAA